CCCUAGCCCCGUAACCUAUUUCCCUGAUGUCCGGCCUUACCCCGUUACAAUAGGGAGAGAGAUUUUCAAUCCUUCUUUUCCGACCACAUCGUAAUGGAGUUCUCAGGAUGCAUUAACGACGAGUCACUUGGACCGGCUUCAACUCUAUGCAAAGUCCUCAUAGGCGAAGCUCCUGUUGCACAAGGGGAGGUGACCAUGGGUCUUGGUUCGCUUUACGGGAAGGUUGGUUACUGUGACCAAACGCCAUACCUGACAAACAUGACGAUCCGACAAAACAUGGUGGAGUUCUCCGCAUUCGACGAUGCACGAUAUAACGAGGUCAUCGAGGCCUCUAUGCUACUUCCGGAUUUGUUCGUCUUACCACAAGGAGACCAGAGCAAAGUAGGCAGCAAAGGUAUCACACUGAGCGGUGGUCAGAAGAGUCGAGGAUGCAUCGCAAGGGCUUUAUAUGUCGAUUCCAAGUUCCUUGUGUUCGAUGAUAUCCUGAGCGGACUCGACGCCGAUACUGAAGAAAAGGGUUUCCGCGAAGUCUUUCCCCCCACAGGUCUUCUUCGCCGCAGAAACGCAACGGCCGUGCUUUGCACUCACUCUGUUGGACAUUUGCCUUCUGCAGGCCACAUCGUAGCUCUCAGCUCAAAUGGUAAGGUCCUAGAGCAGGGGACGUUCCAAGGACUCAUGACCAAAAAAGCUGGAUACGUUUACAACCUCGGAGUUAAGGAAAGCAGCAGUGAAAAGUUUGACAAUGGUAUCAUACCCGCUGGCUCCAACGCCCCAACCAAACAAGGACGAAUGUUGGGCGACGGCACUGUAUGCCGCCAUUACUUCGCCCGCGUCAACAUUUGGAACAUUGCGACCAUAGUGUUCUGCUCUAUAGGCUGGGGUUUCUUCACCAACUUAAACGUCAUCUGGCUUAAGUUUUGGUCCGAGGACGUCGCGUCCAGCCACUCCACGCGUUCGAGUGCACUUUACAUAGGCAUCUACGCACUACUCCAAGUGUCGACGCUCGCCUGCCUCUUUGUGGUCUGUGUGGUUUUGUUGGUAGCCACCAUUCAGUCCUCCGGUGCGAGGAUUCACGAGGCGUUGGUGACGGUCAUCAACGCGCCGCUCAAGUUUUUCACCAACACCGACACCGGGGUCGUAACAAACCUCUUCUCGCAGGACAUGACGCUGCUUGACGGGGCGCUCCCUAUUUCCUUGCUCAAUGUCUCCAUAAUUCUCACCGCCUGCAUCGGGUUGGCUGGCGUCAUUGCCACGUCGUCUCCGUUCCUCGUCAUCACGUACCCGUUUUUGGCCGCGAUUCUUUUCGGUAUACAAAAGUUCUAUCUCCGCACGUCUCGGCAGAUCCGGCUGCUGGAUCUGGAGGCGAAAAGCCCACUCUACACGCACUUCAUCGACACGAUCAAAGGCCUCGCUACAUUCCGCGCCUUCGGCUGGACUGAAGAUGGUAUCGCGCUCAACAAUAGUUUCCUCGACACCUCGCAGAGGCCUGCAUACCUCCUAGCCAUGAUCAACGUUGCGGUCGAACACGGCGUUACUGGCGCCAGUUUGAUCACUCUGAUGACGUUUGGGGAACAGCUGUCGCUCCUCGUGGAGAUGUACACCAUGCUCGAGACGUCGAUCGGCGCCGUGAGCCGGCUGAAGACUUUCAGCGACAAGGUCGUUUCUGAGAACCUGGAGGGAGAUACCGCCCCGAACUCAACCAACAGCAGAGACGGUGGCAGCACAAACUCCGGAUGCCUCGCGAUAAAGAACAUGACCCUAUCCAUAGCGCCGGACGAGAAAGUUGCCAUAUGCGGCAGUAGCGGAAGAAUCGACCACCCAACCCUACGCCAGCGCAUAAUCACCAUACCGCAAGAGCCCGUCUUCCUUCCUGACGGGACAUCCUUUCAAGCCAACCUCGACCCCUUCACGAUCUCCACCGAAGCCGAAUGCCGCGCGGUUCUCGAAAUUGUUGACCUCUGGACUUUCGUCGCAGACCGCGGCGGGCUUGCGGCCGGCAUAUCAUGCGAUAAACUGUCCGCGGGGCAGAAACAGCUCUUCAGCCUCGCACGUGCGGUCCUGCGGGCACGCAUCCGCGCACGGGAACGAGCCGCCGAGUUCGGGGAGAAGGGUCCCGGCGCUGCAGCGGGCGGGAUCUUGUUGUUGGACGAGGUCAGUUUGAGCGUGGAACAGGACACGGAUCGCGCCAUGCAGGGCAUUAUCCGGGCGGAGUUCGAGGGCUAUACGAUUGUGAUGGUAAGUCAUCGGCUGGAGAUGGUCAUGGACUUCGAUACGGUGGUCAUUAUGGAUAAGGGCGAGAUUGUGGAGACCGGCUUGCCUAGGGAGCUGGCAGAGAGGGAUGGGGGACGUUUCAGGGCGUUGUGGUUGGCGGGGAAUAAGGGAUGA